AAGCAAAUGGAGUGACACAAAUUGAGGGUGUUAAGUCCUUAACAAAAGCACUUAACAAUUACACCCCUUUAUGUAAAAAAAAUUAUUUAAAAUAUGGGUAUAAAAACGUUUAAAUGUGGUCCAAGUAUUGUGGUAAUUUAAGACAUAAUUUAGGUUUUCUGUUUUUAAAAUUGCCAAUCUUAUUAUUGUCCACAUCAUUUCACUGGACGCGUAAAAACGGCUAAUUUUAUUUUUCAGCUUCCCAUCCAACCCAAUGGCAUCAAAGCCACAGGUUGAUUGGGACAGAGCCAGCACGACUAGAAAUCAUUUACGUACACUAUCUAAAUUUAGUUGGGCAUCUGCUAUUUUAUCGCAUGUCAACAAUAAUCCAACUUAUGUCAUAAUGUUCUUUUUACAAUUAGCCGUCGUAGUGAUUAUACCGUUCAGUCAAUUUUUCAAGGGUAUUUUUAUGAAUUGUCGAUAAGAUUUGUAAGUUAACUUUGUACAAUGGGCAAAAACAGCCAAAAUGGAUUACGAGACAGAAGGAUGAAAGAUCAUCACACAGAAGAAGAUAAGGAGGAACAUUCUAUACAAAGUUAUAUCCAUGAAAAUGCAGCAGGAUUGUAUAAAAAGUGGGCUUUACUGAAACAUGAACAUUUGCCAUUAUGGUUACAAGAUAACGAAUUUAUAAUAUUUGGGCACCGACCACCACUUCCGUGCUUUAAAACUUGCUUCCGGAGUAUUUUCAAGUUGCACGCAGAAACCGGUAACAUAUGGACCCACUUACUAGGAUUUAUUUUAUUUAUUGGAAUAACAGUCUAUUUUCUAUCAAAACAUUUAAUACACAGUAACAAAGUGGAAAUGUGGGUGUUCCUAAUAUUCCUAGUGGGAGCCAUCCUUUGUCUUGGAUUCUCCUGGACCUUCCACACGUUUUACUGCCAUUCAGAAACAGUGGGCAAAUUGUUUUCCAAAUUAGACUACUGCGGAAUAUCCCUGCUAAUUAUGGGGUCGUUUGUGCCAUGGGUGUACUUCGGAUUUUACUGUCACUUCACGCCGAAACUAAUUCAUCUAUCCAUUGUUACAAUUUUAGGACUUGUAGCGAUGUGCGUUAGUUUACUAGACAAAUUCUCCACGCCCAAAUGGAGGCCACUUAGGACAACCGUCUUUAUAUCAUUUGGCUUGUCGGCAGUAAUCCCGGCCGUGCAUUACGGAUUCGUGGAGGGAUGGUUUAAUAAUAUAUCGCAGAAGGCCUUAGGAUGGUUGAUAUUAAUGGGUGUACUGUACAUUACUGGCGCCCUGUUGUACGUAUUGAGAGUUCCUGAACGAUGGGCACCUGGGAAGUUCGAUUUUUGGUUCCACUCCCAUCAGAUAUUUCAUGUUUUCGUUGUGGCCGCGGCUCUUGUGCAUCUGCAGGGAGUGUCCGAAUUGGCCGAACAUAGACUAACUUUUGGCAACUGUGAUGUACCUGAUUCUAUUAAUCAAUUUUAAAUUAUUUAUUAUUGUAAAUAAUUAAAUAAAGUUGAAACGCAUUUA